AUGAAGGCUGAGAUGUCGCUGGUGGGAAGCCAAGGCAUUGUCUCGGCCACCGAGGUCCUCAUCGCAGCUACCAUCUUCUGCCUGGUCUUCCUGCUCAUCCAGUCCCUCCGGCAGCACGUGCCCAAGGGGCUGAAGAGCCCCCCAGGACCCAGAGGCUACCCCAUCCUCGGCAACGUGCUGGAGCUGAGGAAGGACACACACCUGGCCCUGACCAGGCUGAGCCAGAAGUAUGGGGAUGUGAUGGAGGUCAGGAUCGGCACCCGGCCCGUCCUGGUGUUGAGUGGGUUGGACACCAUCAGGCAAGCAUUGGUGAAGCAAGGAGAAGACUUCAUGGGACGCCCUGACCUCCAUAGCUUCCAAUAUAUUUCCAAUGGCCAGAGCCUGGCCUUUAGCCCUGACUCAGGGGAGGUGUGGAAAGCCCGCAGAAAGCUGGCCCAGAAUGCCCUGAAGACCUUCUCCAUUUCCCCCAGCCCCACCUCCUCCUCCACCUGUCUCCUGGAGGAGCAUGUCUCCAAGGAGGCUGACUACCUGGUCACCAAGUUCCUGCAGCUGAUGGAUGAGGAGAAGAGCUUUGACCUUAACCAGUACCUGGUGGUUUCUGUGGCCAAUGUCAUCUGGGCCACUUUCUUUGCCAAGCGUUAUGACCACAAUGACCAAGAGCUGCUCAGCUUGGUGAACCUCAACAAUGAAUUUGGGGAUGUGGCUGCUUCUGGCAACCCCGCUGACUUCAUCCCCGUGCUCCAGUAUCUUCCCAGCCGCACCAUGCAGCUCUUUAAGGACAUCAACAGGCGUUUCAGCUUCUUUGUGCAAAAAAUUGUCCGGGAGCAUUACACCAGCUUUGAUAAGGAGCACAUCCGGGACAUCACAGACUCGCUGAUUGAACACUGCCAGGAGAAGAGCACAGGGGAGGACGCCCGUGUCCCGCUCUCCAAUGAGAAGAUCAUCAGCAUCGUCAACGACCUCUUUGGGGCAGGCUUUGACACUGUGGCAACUGCCUUAUCCUGGAGCCUCAUGUAUGUUGCCUUGUACCCCGACAUCCAGAAGAAGAUCCAGGAAGAACUAGACCAGACUGUUGGCGGGGAGAGGAGACCGAGGCUGUCGGACCGAGGCAUGCUGCCCUACACAGAAGCCUUUAUCCUGGAGAUGUUCAGGCACUCCUCCUUCCUGCCCUUCACCAUCCCGCACAGUACGACAAAAGCGACAGUGUUGAACGGCUAUUACAUCCCCAAGGAUACCUGCGUGUUUAUCAACCAGUGGCAAGUGAAUCACGAUGAGAAGCUUUGGAAGGACCCCUCAACCUUCAACCCUGAGAGGUUCCUCAAUGCCACAGGGACUGAAAUAAGCAGGACAGAGAGCGACAAAGUGAUGGCUUUUGGUUUGGGGAAGAGGCGAUGCAUUGGGGAGUCCAUUGGCCGGUGGGAGGUCUUCCUCUUCUUGGCCACGAUGCUGCAGCAGCUGGAGUUCAGCCUCCGCCCUGGGGAGGAAGUGGACAUCACUCCUCAGUAUGGACUGACAAUGAAAUACAAGAAAUGCGAGUGCUUCCAGAUUAAGAAGCGUUUCCCCAUGAAGAGCUCUCCAUAA